AUGACAUUCAACAAGAUUGAGCACAACUUCACUUACCAUGAGCUCGACUAUGCUCAUGGGCCAAAUUACCAACCUUGUAUCAAAGUCUCGGUCUUCUUCAAGAAAAAGGCUGAUAUAAACUACGAGACGUUUUUUGGUCAUUGGGCGAGUGUUCACGCCGACCUUGCGGUGGCGUGCAAGGCAUUUGCCCCCAUUCAGCGAUAUGUCCAACAUCAUCAAACACCAGAGAUGAAAGAACGCGCGAAGAGUCUCGGAGAACAGUUUCUUGACUAUGAUGGCUGCGCACAGCUCUGGGUCAAUUCGUGGGAAGAUUGGAUGUCCUUCUACAACAGCAAAGAGUACGCUGCAGCGCUCGGUCCAGAUUGUGAUAAUUUCAUGUCUCUACCCAUGACAUAUAUGGUUGGGUACGAGAAUCUUGUUGUGGGAGAUGCGUCAGCCGCGAUAGGUGGCAAGGAUGGCCUUAGAAAGAAGGAUCUCUGA